GACCCGGCUGCCUCUUGCCAGGCAGUGAGUGACAUGGGAGGUAGCGGGAGCACCCGGAGAGUCUCGUUCGAGGCGGAUGAGAAUGAUAAUAUCACAGUGGUGAAAGGCAUCCGGUUAUCUGAUAAUGUAAUCAACCGGAUGAGAGAACCAUCAGCACCAGUUCCCAGGCCACAACCUUUACCACCACAGCCAAAACUGCCUACUGCUGAGCCUGUCUCUCCUAGUUACACAGUGGAUGAAGAAGAACUUAGAAGAAAAAUUGCACAUGAACUGGCUUUAGAGCAAGCAAGAAGACAAUCUGAAAAUCAGAAGAGACUGGAACAUGAAAAACUGAUUGUGCAGGAGGAAAUUGGGAAAGCUAUAGAGCGAGAACGUAAUGCUUCCAAUGAGCAACUUACAAGGGCUGUACUGCGUGAGAAAGCUGCGUCGGAGGAUGAACGCCUUAAAGCAAAAACAUUUGCAAAAAAAUUGAACGAAAAAGAGAGUGAACUGAAGCGUUUGGAUGUGUAUUACAAAGAUCAACUGUCAAGGCUGGAAGAGAGGAGUGCCCAGUUUUACAAGGUUACCACUGAACAAUACCAAAAAGCUGCCAGUGAGGUGGAGGCCAGAUUCAAACGAUACGAGGCUCAUCCAGUGUGUGCUGACCUGCAGGCUAAAAUUCUCCAUUGCUAUCAGCAGAACCCACAACAAUCUCUUGGCUGCUCUUCAUUGGCCAGCCAGUACAUGCAUUGUGUCAACAGUGCCAAACAGAGUCUGCUUGGGAGAGGAGGGUAGAAGUCCUGUUUGUGGAGAAAAAGCAUCUUAACCCAUUUUAUUAUACAGCCUCGGGAGACAACACAAAGUAAUAUAAAACAUAACAUGAUCGUUUGCUUGUUUUGCAGUUAUUCUUUAUAUCCACUUGGGUUACAUUAAAUUUAUAAAGAUUUCUAUUGGACUCUCUUCCUAUCAUGUUAAGUGGCAUGUGUCAUGUUUUGUUAGACAAACCUUAUCUAUUGGCCUGUGUAUUAAAAUGCACUUGAUGACUUUUAUGUAAUGCAACCUGAUGUUAUAUUAUCUUUCACUGUAUUUAAAUGUUGCAUAUUGACAUCUGUGCCCUAGAUUUUGUCUGUUUUAAGUCAGGAUUCCUAAUAAAAAAUAAUAAAAAUAUA